AUGGCCAGUUCCUCCCCUACUUAUGUGCCCGGUAAAUCGGCUCACCGUGUCUGGUCGAUCCCCCAUAUUCGUCUCGCCGUCUUCCAGUACCUGCUUUGUUGGGACAACUUUCCGCUUACUAUGAUGGAACCCGAUCAAGAAGAUCAACUUUGUAGUGCCGAGCGCAACUUGCUAAGGCCCUACCUAACACUCAAUCAAGCUUCAUUCCGAGAAGUCGCACUUCUGUUGUACAGCGAUAUCAAGUUGGACCAGUUUCCUAGGGACUGUGCGUCCCAGGAGCGCCUGAGGGUCUAUGCUGCGGGUGUACGCCAUAUCAAUACGGAAGGCUCGUUGCCUUUGUGCUAUCGUUGGGGAUCUCUGGCAAACAUGAUCCAGUUCUUUCCCAACGUUACGUUCAUCUCAUUUCCCGCUACAGGAACUCAUUACGAAGUUCGAUCCCGCCGCGGCCAGGGCGUUGAUCGGCUUCUGUUGACGGAGCAGGUGAAGUCCACCGCUGGAGCUGUUUGCGCAGCAGCAGAUCGUGACUUGCCAGAGGAUUUGGUGUAUCAGUGCCUGUACUCUGUGGACUGUUACGGGGUCGACACACAAGAGACUGCGCUGUUCGCGCAGGACGUGAAUGGACUGCCAGUUCUUGCAGAAGUGCUGGCUCUGCCCGCAUGGCAGCUGCUCAUCUGGGAUCAGAGGGGCGACAACAGUGCAUGGAUAUCGAUGUUGCAACAUCGAACGCAACAGAACAUUCUCACUCAACAACUCGAUUGGCGACUGAGUAGCCUGGAGGAGCUGGAGAGUUUGUUCGAGGCGAUGCCUCGCGAUUUGCAGUCCCUGACUCUGCUGUUUCCGUGUGAAGAGUUCGAAGAAGUAAACACCUCAGCGAACGCGGUGAUGAACUAUGUCGACAACAAUCGACUUCCCGAGCUAGAACACCUCAAUCUGCGUAUCGAUUUUCCAGGGGACUCAUUAUUGUUACCGGUGGGGUUGACUUCAGCUCAACCCGACACUAUCCCCAGAUGGUUGAACAAUGAUCUACCGUCGAAACUUCGAGAUAUCGAGCUUACCCUGGUCUACAACACUCCUGAUUCAGAGCUAACGUACUCAAUCUAG